AUGGCGCAAGCAAACGCCGAAAAACAGAUCGAAGAAUCCUUCGAGCCUCCAGUCCGCACAAGGAUUCCAUACUGGCGCCAAGUCAUAGACCAAUCAGGAAUAACGCCGGAAGUAGAAAACCACCAAUAUGCUGGCUCUGGAACCGAAGCAGAUCCCUUCUUGGUGCAAUGGAUUCCCCACGAUCCCAGAAACCCCAUGAACUACAGCGACAAUACUAGGUGGUUCAUCACCAUGAUGGUUGCCUUCACCACGCUCGCUGUAUCACUUUUGUCAUCCGCGUACACGGGCGGCAUUCACGAUAUCGUCCGGGAAUUCGGAAUAUCAGACGAAGUAGCGGUUUUGGGCGUCUCCCUUUACGUCCUAGGCUUCGCCCUGGGGCCAUUACUCUGGGCGCCACUCAGCGAAUUAUACGGGCGCCAGUCCGUGUUCUUCAUAACUUACGCCGCCUUAGCCGCCUUCGGCGCCGGAUGUGCCGGUGCAGGCUCCGCUAGGACUCUCAUCGUCCUCCGGUUUUUCGCCGGUGCGUUCGGAUCAUCGCCUCUCUCCAACUCGGGUGGCGUCAUUGCGGACAUGUUCCCAGAUGAGGAGAGGGGCCUGGCAAUGACUCUCUUCUCAGCAGCGCCGUCGUUGGGGCCUGUCUUUGGACCCAUCAUUGGCGGAUUCCUUGGAUCUGCAGCUGGCUGGCGCUGGCUCAUGGGUACCUUGGCUGCCAUUUCUGGGACGUUUUGGCUUCUGGGAACAGCGUUGGUUCCCGAGACAUACUCCCCGUACCUACUUCGCCGACGAGCUGCUGAGCUAUCAAAGAGAACGGGGAAAUGCUAUGUCAGCAAGAUGGAACAUCAUAAAGGCAAGACCAGUCUGGCACAAUCUUUCAAGACUGCCUUGUCAAGGCCAUGGAAAUUGUUAUUUCGCGAACCCAUUGUGUUGCUUCUCUCAUUAUACACAGCCAUCAUCUACGGGACUCUUUACAUGCUCUUCGCUGCAUUCCCCAUUGUCUAUCAACAAGAGCGAGGUUGGUCGCAGGGAGUCGGCGGUCUUCCAUUCCUCGGUCUGAUGGUCGGUAUGAUUGCGGCAGUCGUCUAUUCUAUACCCGAAAACAACCGGUAUCAACGAGUCCGGAAGAGGAACGGCGGACGUGCGCCCCCGGAAACGCGCCUGGUCUCAGUCAUGGUUGGAGCUAUAGCCGGUCCUAUCGGGCUGUUUUGGUUUGCUUGGACAACAAACCCUUCCAUACACUGGAUGGCCAGUGUUGCCGCUGGUGUUCCCUUCGGAUUUUCAAUGAUCUUGCUCUUCAUGGGCAUAAGCAACUACCUUAUCGACGCUUACACCAUAUUCGCAGCAAGCGUACUCGCUGCCAACUGCGUCAUUCGCAGUUUAUUUGGCGCGGCGUUUCCUUUGUUUACGAACUAUAUGUACAAGAAUCUUGGAACCAACUGGGCUUCUUCGAUACCUGCGUUCUUGGCACUUGGCUGCGUGCCAUUCCCGUUUUUGCUUUACAAAUAUGGCGCGGCUAUCCGUGCUCGAUGCAAGUAUGCCGCUCAAGCAGAAGAGUCUAUGGCUGAACUGAGGGAAGAGCUUCCACAGUCGAAUCAGGACCAGGAUGAUGUCACAGCAAUAGAAGGCGUCCUGAGCGAUAAUACCGACGUUCCGACGUCUUCGGACGAUAGCUCCUCCGUUUAUCAAAAGGGCGAUCAACGAGCAACAAGUCGUGUGUCACCUAACUAG